AUGGGACAACAAACAUCGUCGGUUUCUGAAGGCACGGAGCAUCUGAAAACAAUUUCAAUAAAAAAAGCCGAUGCGUAUAAUAAUUGGGAUAAAUAUUGCUGUGAAGCGUUAGAUAACGCUAAAGAAUAUAUGUCAACUAAAAAAGAUGAACGUUUUCGUUCAGUUGACACAGCCGUUAUUGAAGCGAGAAGACUUAUAUCUUAUUUUGGUUUUGAAAAAUUUCUUAUUAUUGUUGGAUUACUUAUUAGUGGUGUCUCUGUGGCUGCUAUUAUCGCUAUUCUGUCAGGAUCCGGCAUAGUGACAGCAGGAGUAGCCGGUGCUGGUGUUGUUCUUUUACCUAUAGCGGUGACCGGUGCAAGCAUUGCCGCUGGCGGCGCGGCUUACCAUGCAUGGAAAAUUUAUACGAACAAACAAUUACUGAUAAUAAUAAAGCAAAUAUUGGUGAAUCACAAAACUACGUUUGAUGAAAAUCAGCCUGGAUUAUUACAUAAACCAAUACUCAACCAACUAUUUGUGCGGUGUGUUAAGGAAAUUAUUGUUGAGUUAUAUGAAAGAAAAAUAUUUGCAAAUGGUUAG